AUGGCUACUGAGCGUUCCUGGAAGCCUCUGAGUCUUUUUUACGUAGAAUAUCCUGAAGCUGAUGCUUUCGGAAAGCUACUGGCGUAUUCCAGUAUGGUGCCAAUAUUUAUAAUUUUCAGCAUCAUAACCCUUAUAAUGUCGAGAAGAGAUUUGCAUACGAUAUUUUAUUUUUGUGGUUGCCUGAUCAAUGAGUUGAGUAAUUAUAUUCUCAAAUACAUCAUUAAGCAGCCAAGGCCUUUCCCAACCAUUCACCUAGGUAUUAAGUCAUCAGGUAUGCCUUCAAACCACGCGCAAUUCAUGGGCUUUUUCUGUGUUUACAUUGGAUUUUUCCUAUUCAUAAGCGAUCCUUCAGUCGCCAGUUCACAACAUUUGUUUACUUAG